CACACAAAUGAGUUUGGUACUGUAAGUUUAAAGUGUGAGGGAGUGGGAGAGGAGGAUGAGGCUUUGUAUGUGCACCAUUCAUCAAAGAUAACAGAGAGCAAGCAAGCACAUUGUUCAAAAUAAGAAGCCCUUGUUUUCCUAGUAUAUCAACCAAAACUAAGUGUGUAAAAAAACUAAAACAGUUGAAAUGGCUCUAAGGGUGUGGGCUUCUUCAGCUGCCAAUGCACUUAGACUCUCCUCUGCACCACCCUUCCCUCUCUCCAGAUGCUUCUCCACUGUCUUGGAUGGACUCAAGUAUGCAACUUCACAUGAAUGGGUGAAGCAUGAAGGGUCAGUGGCUACUAUUGGCAUAACUGAACAUGCUCAGGACCAUCUCGGAGAAGUUGUAUUUGUGGAGCUGCCAGAACCUGGUGGCGCCGUUACACAAGCCAGUGGCUUUGGAGCUGUGGAAAGUGUAAAGGCCACCAGUGAUGUUAAUUCCCCAAUCUCUGGAGAGAUUGUCGAGGUCAACACAAAGCUCACUGAAACACCUGGACUGAUCAACUCGAGCCCAUAUGAAAAUGGAUGGAUGAUCAAGGUGAAGCCAAGCAAUCCAUCCGAAUUAGAAUCCUUGAUGGGACCAAAAGAGUACACAAAAUUCUGUGAAGAGGAAGAUGCUGCACACUAGAAUUUGCAUUAUGCUCUGUUUAUUUGCUUGAAUUAACUGGUUGAACUGGUUAUGUUCAACUGUUACAACAAAUGGAAACCUCAAAUUUAACUUUCUUAUUUUGUUCCUACUCUCAUUUGCUUCCUCAUUUUCCGCUCUUAAUGGCAGUCCUAUUAUUACUUUGA